CUCACGCUGCCCCUUGCGGGCGCAAGCUCGAACCUGUGACGCCGCUGACAUCGCCAACUCUCACCGUUGAAACCAUGAACUUGUCUCGCGCCUACACUCUCCGCAACCGCAAGGUCUUCGUCCCCAAUACCGAAAAACCGGGCCUCCCGGUGUACAGGAAAGGUGAAGAAGUUACAUAUGACUAUGGUUCAUCAUGGCAGAACCCUGCAUGUGCAAAAGCAGCUCUGGAACACUACAACCGAUUGAACGAGGAUAAGCAUGAACUGGUUAAAGCAGUGGACAGUGUUACUUUCUUCUUUGAUGGUGUGUGGAGGCAUGCUAACUUCCUUGCCAAACUCAAAGGGGCUACCACUUGUGUUGACCUUGUUCCGAAAUACUUCUUUGCUGAACUGAGGGUGGGUGCAAAUGAAAAGAAAAUUUCAUGUGUGUCCUGCAUCAAGAUGGACCCAGCUGAUCCAGCAACGGCACCCGUUCGUGGUUGCAGCAUUUGCCCAAGUCGGAUCUUUCAUCCUGCCACUGGAAGACACCAUGGUAGUCAGGGUCUGCAUCCUGAUGCUGGUGGAAACUGAGCUGAUUUGGUGUUUACCGCAAAUUAAUGCAACAGGCCUGUGGAGGCCCAGUAUGGGAGGGGCAACUCAAAGAGCACCUGGCGUAAAGGCC